AUGGACACGAACCCCAAGACUAAAGAAUCACUUCGUAAUAGUGUGGACUCUCCAGAUGAUCCUGUUUUAGAUAGAUACUCCGAGUCAAAGGAUGAUUCAAAUAUUGGGCAGAGUUCAACUGAAAAUCCGAAAAACACAAAUCAAAUCGGACCUGACCCCAAAACUUUGAUCAGUCAAUCACCAGUUGUGAAUCCCACAAGUUACAGGGGAGUGCUUCACGGCAAAGUAAAACAUCUUCUGCUGGGAGUGAAACAAGCCGUAGCCAAGUCCGAACAAAGGAAAGGAAACAUGGGUCAGCUUCAACAAGAAAGGGCUCGUCAUCAAGAACGGAGGGAAGGUCUGGUGAAUCACGCUCUGGAAGUGAUACUUCUGCAACUUUGCAAACAGCACUUGCUACUCAACAACACAUGCGGCAAGCGAAUGUUCCCAUCCGAACUAUGUUAA